AAUAUUUUCAUAUUUUACAGAUUCACACAAAAUAUCUAGGUAUGAAAGUAAGAAAACAAUGAAAAGACAUUCAAUAUAUACAUGAAACUGCUGCGAAAACCUGACUGAUUUUUUGUCGCGGAGUAUUGAACAAUAAACUUAAUGGCUCUGUGUGAUCAGUGUCAUUGCCUGCAUGAUGUCGGACUAAAUCCACCUCAUGCUGCCCGAACUCAUGGUGAAUCAUCCAGCAAUAUCUUAAAUCUAACUCACACCGAGUAUUCAAUGACAGAAGAAAUGUCACCAUAUCGUUAUCACUGUGAUAAGCUAUCCACCCACGAAAAUCAAAGACGUUCGAGACAUAGCUACAAAAUGGACAAUUUUGCCGAAGUUCAGUGUAAAUGGAGACCCUCAGUAAAUAAAACAUAUUGUGAAUCCAAGUCACAGUCCCAUAUUCAACAAGUAGACCAAGACCGCUUGAGUACCGGUACACUACCAAUUGUUACUGCACUUGACCCCACUUCGAAAACAAAUUACUGCGCAGAGAUUCUACAUCUGUUGCCAGAUUUUAUUACAAAGGAUCAUGUUUCGUCAUUGCGUAGGAAUACGACGUCAAUUAAGUUAUUUCACUGGACAUGCGUGAUAUUAUUAUUUGCACUUCUACCCUGCAUUCUGGCUGUACCAGUAAGGUGGGAAGUUGGUCCUUACGGAGAAUGCACAACUACUUGCGGGAGAGGGACACAGUCCAGGUCGGUCAUUUGUAAAAACAUGGCCGACGAAAAAAUUGAUUCUCAUAGUUAUGGAUCUACAUCACAACUUCCUGAAGUAAUGUGUCCUUAUCCCAAACCAAUAUCAUCUAGAAGUUGUUCUUUGAUUUCUUGUGCGCCGGUGUGGACACCUGGACCGUGGUCUGAGUGCUCCAGAACAUGCGGUCGUGGAAUUCAGAAACGUCAAUCAUUUUGCACACAGAGAUUAGCUACCGGCACUACUGAGCGCGUCCCAGAUGUUUAUUGUUCUCGUGUUCGUCCUUCCUCUAAAAGAAAAUGCGCAAUUAUUGACUGUCCACCACGAUACGCAGUAAAAAAGUGGUCGGAGUGUUCGGUAACUUGUGGAAGAGGAGUACAACUGCGCGAACUGACGUGCGUCCAAAUAGCCGCUGGACAACACGUUCUUCAACCCAUUUCACUGGGACAUUGUUCACACUUGACGAGGCCCAUCGUCGAACGAUAUUGUAGACAAGGAAAAUGCGCAGGAGUUGCCAGCUCAUCAAGACGAAUGGCGCCCAGAGUACCCAAGAUUAUCACAGCUCGAAGAACGUUUAUACAACGACAGAGAAUGUCAAAAGUUCGGUUCGUUGUCGGCAUGACUGCAUAUGUUUUACCAAGGACUACUGUUAUCAUACGAUGUCCAGUGUUGAGGUACCGAAAAGCUCUCAUUUACUGGAAAUUUAAUGGAAAUGAGAUUAUACCUGAUGACGACGACAUAACAAUGAUGCCAGAUAGCAGUCUAAGAAUUCGUAGCACCGACGCUAGCAAUGUUGGCCAAUAUACGUGUGUCGCAGGCGAAUCCUCCGCUCAUUUUGUAUUGAAUAUUACUAGACCAGGUCGAAAAAUGGGCCUUUCUCAUAAUCAAGUGUACGGAGAGCAUCGCAGGCGAGCAAUUCCGAGCAGACCUUAUGAACCUGACCACAUUUCAACUGAGUUUGAAAAACGUCGACGAGGAGCUGUUCGACCAUCUGUAAUAUCGGCUUCUGUUGGUGGAUCCAUCGAACACAAAGCGCCGCCCAUACAAGCGUUUAGGAGACCAGCAGAAAUAACAGUUACGCCCGCUCCAAUAUUGGCGUCCGAGAACGAAUGGCCAGAAUUUGAAAAUGGAGGAGCUGGAAAGACUGACAAAGAGAUACUAGAAGACUUGAUAGCAAUUGCUGAGAGGGAAAACCAACAAAAAUUAGAUAUAUCACCCGAACAUUUACGACAGGUAGACGGCAAUUUCUACGACAUGACGUCAUUUGAGACGACAGAGACGGAAGACGACCGAACUGGAGUCGAAAUUUUAGAACCACCCCGUGGCCUUUCGUUUGUUCCGGUUCCGGAUAGGAUCGACUAUGAAAAGCCUCCUUUGGUUAAACCGGAUAGAGUGUCCGAGAACAAUCAGUAUGACCGUUUCGGAGUAUUAGACAUACGCAAAUUCUCCGAGCCACGAAUUUUGAUCCAACCCACAGAGGCGCCAAUGCAAGUGGCUGGCGACAUUGUAACUUACGUUGGAGGGGAUUUGGUGGUCGCGGAGCCGGAAACAGUCACAUUGCUUUGUGAAGCUUCGGGAUUUCCGACGCCCUAUCUUGAAUGGCUUAAAGACGACAUGGAGAUUAAGACAGGAGACAGGUACAUCAUUUUAAGAUCUGAUCACUCGCUUCGAAUACUUCGGCCAGACCUCAGCGAUGCUGGCGUGUACACUUGCAAGGCUACUAACGAACUAGGAAGCGACUCUGCUUCUACAACUAUGAACGUUGCUAAAAAGCCUAAAAUUGUCUCAACCAGCGAUGUAUAUUUUAACCUAAAUUCAGCUUUUGUUGAUGUUACUGUUGGUUCCACCAUAAAAGCAAGACUGGGAUCGACAGUCAGAAUAAGCUGCCGUGUGGAAGGUUUUCCGGAACCACACGUAGUUUGGAAUAAAGAUGUCUCGGGUUUAGGUGAUAAUUCAAGAACUCUUUACGACAAUACAUUGCUGAUAGAAUCAACCACAAAAGCUGAUCAGGGAACGUACAGCUGCGAAGCUAGCAAUCCGGCAGGCACUGACUAUCAAGCUUCAGUUCUAACGUUACUAGAACCACCCCACUUGGCAGAUGAUGACAGUCAAUUUGCAGAAUUACGGAACUACGAAUUGGAACAAUUUCCGCGACUUUUUAUGACUUCUUUGGGAAAAUCGAAGUAUAAAGUUAAAAAAGGAACCCAUGUUAUAAUAGGAUGCCCUGUAGUAAGUUUUCCCGAAUCUGAGAUACAUUGGACUCGGAAUGGUAUACAACUUCAAGAUUUUUCGCAUUCCAUACAUUUUGAGAUUACUUUGUCGGGGAAGGCGCUCAUGAUAUCAUCAUUUGAAGAAAACGCUAUAGGAAAUUACACUUGUUGUGCAACAAAUGAAGGAGGAAAUUUAACUACAAGUUUACUGAUUAAAGUAAUAGAAUAUGGGUACAUUUUUGGAAACCUGACAGCAUGCACUGAUAAAUGCGGCGGGAGUGGAACACAGCACUCAACUCUUGUUUGCGCUGAGGAAGGAAAAAAUCCAGUUGAUGAAUGGUUUUGCGAGAAUCUUGAAAAGCCAAAUGCUCCAGAAUAUCCAUGCAAUCGCAUUGACUGUCCCCCAAGGUUUAACAUUGGACCUUGGAGUUCGUGCUCAAACACGUGCGGCAUCGGCGAAAAAACACGCAAAGUGGCUUGCGUGGUACGACAGUCCGAUAAUAGCAUAAAAGAAGUUCAUUCAUCUAUGUGUACAAAUGAACAAUUUUACAUAAAUUCAUCGGUAGUAAAUGAUUUGAUAGAUCAUGUAAAUGCAACACCUGUCAGCCGUGAAACGUGUUUUCUUGAAGCAUGUCCACAGUGGAAAGUUGGACCUUGGUCUGCGUGCGGUCAUAAAUGUUAUGGAAGUGGAACAGGUGUACGAGCUCGGCGAUUAUACUGUUUGAAUGCUAACGGAACUAAGGUAUCACGAAAUGAAUGUAAACAGUCUUCUCGGCCAAGAAGGAGGGAUCUUUGUUCUACAAGUCGGUGUGAACCUGUGUGGAUUGUUAGUCGCUGGUCGUCUUGUUCACACACUUGUGGUGAAGACGGAAUUCAAACUCGCAUACUAAGUUGUGUAUUUCGAGGCAAUAAGCGACAAAGAGCUGGUUCCUUAUGUACAAAAGAUUCCAGACCCACCGUAACAUCAUCGUGUAACAGGGAGCAAUGUCACAACGAUCCGAAACCACCUGCAUCACUGUCAUCAGGUUUGUGUGUGGACAAGUCUCGCUAUUGUUCAGUAGCCCAGUCUUCAGGAUUAUGCGGUUUUUACAGACAUCUUUGUUGCAAAACAUGCGGAUGAAAUCAUCUACAGAUGAAGUGACGUCAUAGAGUUCGUCAUGACGUUUGCGCCAAAUGUCCGACGCGCGGUCGCUUGUACAAUACGCACGCCACGGGUUAUCACACUAGCAGACUUAGACUUUAUUUUUUUAUAAUUAUGCGGUUCAUAUUAAUCCAGACGUACAUCACCUAAUAGUCUUGAUGGUCUACAUUUAUAAAAAUUAAUUUAUCUACAAUGCUCAACCAAAGUACCUAGAAUGGCCACGCAGGAUCGGGACAUCUAUAUGAGGCCUACAUAUGCUGAGAAACGAAAACGAAAUUAUUGUUGUUUAAGUAGUAUAGUGUUUCAAUUGUGACGUCACACACGGACACUUUUUGCAUGUGCUUCUAUAAAGCUAAGCUCUCUUACGCUCUUAAAUGCUUGCUACCUCGCUACCUUCUUAUAUCUAUUACUCAGCAUUUGCUCAAUUCGUCGUUCUUUCUUCUGCACAAUUGUGUGCAAUUUAUGCGUCGUCAAUGUUCGACACGAUCUUUACUCUUCGCCAAAGUGACAUGGUCAAAAUAGUAUAACGUUGAAUUUUUAGGUAUGCUGAACGUUCUCAAACUAUGUUAUUAGAAAUUUAUGAAAUAUUGAUCGGAGAAUGACUUCGCUGUAAUUUAUAAUGUAAGCCACAUGAUGAUAAAUCAUGUGAUAAAUGUCCAUGAUCCAAUGAUAAAUGUUCUAUGUUCCGUUGUUUAAUGCACUUUCUGUAAUAAAUGUCAAUACAUCUCGUUACAAAGCACCGGGAAAUGUACACAACGUUACUGUUCAAUAUUUGCUUUUAUAUUUUAUUUUUGUAGUUUUUGUAUCGAAGUUGUUUUAUUCUACCAUUAUACAAAUAGAAAUAAAUAAUUGAAUUACUAAUAUUACG